AAGGAUAUAAAAAUGAAUGCAUACAGCAAAUGUUUAUGCACUAUUGACCCUUGUGUUUACAAACACGGAUAUCGUCCACAACAACAAAGAAAUAUUCCAUCGAGAAUUUGAUGGCAAUUCUUAACAUUAUUCUUUACUUAAAUGAACUUGACCAUAAAAUGUCUCUGUUCUUGUGGCAUAGAAAUAGAAUAACUAUAAAUGCGAUAAAUAAGAUCAAAAACACGCAAUUAUGAGUACGUGAAUCCGUCUUAACGAUGACGACUUCAUGUUUGAUGCUAUAUUUAGUGUGUGCCGCUGCGCCUGACAGAACACAGCUGAUUGUUUUUAUCUGUCAAAUAACGAACUUUAAUUGGAGCCAAGUUUAUCGGCUCUCCUCCACAGUACAUACAAAAUAAAUGUGUUUGAGCUAAAAAAAACUAUGUAGUGAUCAUGUUUCUGGAUGGAUGUCUGAACUGUUUCGCCAAAUGGAGACUGUGGAUCCAACCCUUGGCGAUCUUGAUUUACGCCUUGGCAGCUCUUGUUUUCGUACCUUUGUUUUUAGUCAAGUCCAUCCAGAAUGGGUUCAACAGAAGAGAUCAAGAAAUCUUAAUCGCCGGUAUAUUUGCAUGGAUCGCAAUACCGCUCUCCUUGUGGGAGAUCAUCCUUCAUGUAAUCCAUUACAAUCAACCAAAAUUGCAGAAGCAUAUAAUUAGGAUAUUGUGGAUGGUGCCAAUCUAUGCUAUAAAUGCAUGGAUUGGCUUGAUUUAUCCAGAAAACUCCAUUUACAUGGACUGUGCUCGAGAAUGUUAUGAGGCAUAUGUGAUCUAUAAUUUUAUGAAAUUUUUGUUGAACUACUUGAAUAUGGAAAUGGAUUUGGAGAUGAGCUUAGAACUCAAGCAGCAAGUAAAACAUAUAUUUCCUUUAUGCUGUUUACCAGAUUGGGAAAUGGGAAGAGAAUUCAUUCAUAUAUGUAAACAUGGAAUAUUGCAAUAUACAGUUGUAAGACCUAUAACAACAGCAAUAGCAUUCAUUUGCAAAAUGAAUGAUGUUUAUGGAGAUGGGGAAUUUAAAGGGAACAUGGCUUUCCCAUACGUAUUGGUUGUAAACAAUAUAUCACAGUUUGUGGCCAUGUACUGUUUGGUCAUGUUCUACAGGGCGAGUUUAGCUGAAUUAAAGCCCAUGAGACCUUUGCCCAAAUUCUUGUGCAUAAAAGCUGUUGUGUUCUUCUCUUUCUUCCAAGGAGUUUUAAUUGCUUUGCUUGUUUAUUGUAAUCUGAUACCAAAUCCAGACAACAAGACGGAUGAUCAUGGAAGUAUAUCUGCACGAUUACAGAAUUUCUUGAUAUGCAUUGAAAUGUGCUUGGCUGCAAUCGCGCAUCGCUACAGUUUUUCAUAUAAGCCUUAUUUACGUUCGGGAUAUGACUCGCAAUCCUGGAUAACGGCAUUCCUUGCUAUGUGGGAUAUUUCGGACGUUCAAAGAGACAUCACAGAGCAUUUAGGAAUUGUGGGAAGUUCGAUAUCAAGACGAAUUCGAGGACGCAGUAUGUACACUCUAGCUAAAGGCGAUGACGAGUGGGCGAAUCUAGUUACGAAACCAGCAACGAGUGCUCCAGCUGGAGGUCUUUAUCAGAACGAUAGCGACGCUCUGCUAUCCUAUGGAACAAUCGAAAUGGAUGACAACAACGAAGACUACCAUGUUAAGAAUAGUAUUAUGACGGAACCAAAUAUUAAGACAUAAUAGUUAUUGAUUCAUAGUGAUAUAUUUUUAUAAAAUAGAUAUUGGUAAUUUA